AUGGCCGCCGCAGACCAAAAACCCCACGUCAGCGCAGUUCAUCCUCGUUCCUACCAAGACGAGAGCUAUCUGCACGGUUUUCUUGGAACUGUGGGUGACUUACAGAAGGAUGGGGCUUUUCAAGACGUCGUCCUUGAAGUCGAGGGCCGGCGGUUUCCCUGCCAUCGGCUUGUUCUGUCCGCGGCUAGCCCCUACUUCAGGGCCAUGUUUACAAGUGACAUGGCGGAAAGUCGUCAGAAGACGGUUGUUUUACAGGGUUUGGAUGCAGGCAUGUUUUGGGAGAUUCUGAGUUACAUAUACUCUGGAACCCUCCAUGUGUCCCUGGACAAAGUGCAGCCCCUGUACCAGGCAGCUGACCUCCUCCAACUGGACUAUGUGAGAGACACCUGCAGCAGCUACAUGGCCAUGAACGUGGAGCGCUCCACCUGUGUGGACCAGUACAAGUUUGCUGAUGUUUUCUCCAUUGACAUUGUCCGAAAAGCUUGUCUGCAGUUGAUCCAUAGAAACUUUGUUGAGGUUGCCUCCAGUGAUGAGUUCUGCAGCCUGAGUGUGAAUCAGCUGACUGAGAUCAUCAGCCACGAUGAGCUGGAUGUUGAAGAGGAGACAACAGUGUAUGGGGUUGUACUGAGAUGGGUACAGCACAGCAAGGAGGAUAGACUGCACCACCUACCCAGCAUCCUUCCUCACAUCCGCUUCAACCUGCUGACCUCAGACGACAAGGCAGCCAUCUUGGAACACCCCCUGGUCACGGAGUAUCCUGGGAGUUCUGACUACAUCAGGAAUGCAGUACAGAAUGGGAACCCCAACCAGAACCCGAGGGUUGGGCUUACCAUGGAGAUGGCUCUUCUGUUCAGUACAGAACCUGGUUCCAAUGAGAUCCUCUUCAUGAACCCUCAGGAAGGAAAGUACAUCAGCUGUAGUUACAACCCUGAGGGCCUCCCUGAUUCCUCUGCCAUGACAGUCACCACUGAUAACAACAUUUACAUCCUGGAAACUAAAGAAUUAGAGAACGAAAAUCAGCUGUCCCUGUAUAACCGAUACAACCAUGCAAAGAAUCUGUGGGAAAAUGAGGCUAUGUCCUCAGUAUGUAAGUGGCCGGGAAAGUUCAAACCCAACAACCCCCUUGUUGAAGUUAAUGGGAUUUUGUACCACAUUGCUGGUGUUAGAAAUAUGUAUUGGUUGCAGAUGAGAAAGUACAACUGGCACACGAACCAGUGGCAGGAUUGUGCAGAGUUGAGACUUGACGAUACCGACCGGUACAGUGCCGUAUUGCCCUGCGGCGCACAACUCUAUUUCCUCACAAGGGAGGCAUUGCAUUGCUAUGACCCAAGGGAGGACAAAUGGAGUAAGCGGACAGCACCUUGGGUUAUUUAUGAAGUCGAUACAGCCGUUGUCAUGGGAACAGAGAUUUUCUGCACAGAUUGUGAAUUCACCCAGACUAUGGUGUACGACACAGAGUCAGACUGUUGGCAGAAACUGCCGGGCUGGGAGUCGCUGCAUGUAGAUGAAUCUGAUAUUGAUCUUUGUCUAAUUUUUUUUGCACUGGAGAACCAGCUGCACGUAUUGUUAAGUUAUAAUAAUGAGUUCGAAGAUGUAUAUCGAGUAUAUGUGUACGACAGGUCUGCUGAUACCUGGAGAGACUUGAAGGCCACCCUGCCAAAUAAGAGUUAUGCAAUGUAUGGUUCUCAUCCUGUGGCACGUAUUUCCCUACCGUAUCUUAAUGGGGAAUAAAAAAUUCCUUACCCAUUUGAGCGUUGAUAUGCAGGAUACG